AAUGAGGCAGUGUAAAGGUUGGAGCUUGGUGCUGUUAAUCCUACUGGGUCUGGGCUCUUUGGCCCAGAAGCUGCCAACAAGGGAUGAGGGMCUCUUUCAGAUGCAGAUCAGAGACAAGGUGUUAUUCCACGACUCUUCGGUCAUACCCGAUGGAGCUGAGAUCAGUGGCUACCUCUUCAGGGACACACCCAAACGGUACUACUUUGUGGUGGAGGAAGACAACACACCCUUGUCUGUGACAGUGACACCCUGUGAUGCUCCUCUGGAGUGGAAACUCACCCUGCAGGAGCUGCCAGAGGAGUCCAGUGGAGAGGGAUCAGGACAGCCUGAGCCUCUGGACCAGCAGAAACAGCAGGUGACUGUAGACGAGGGCACAGAGCUCUUCACCUACAAGGGGAAUGAUGUGGAGUCCUACGUGGCAACCAGCACGCCCUCUGGUCUCUACCAGCUGGAGCUGCUGUCCACUGAGAAAGACAGCAACUUCAAGGUGUACACCACCACAACUCCAGAGUCAGACCAGCCCUACCCAGAGCUGCCCUACGACCCUCGCGUGGAUGUGACCGCACUGGGCCGCACCACCGUCACGCUGGCCUGGAAACCAACACCAACGGGCUUUCUGAUGGGUCAGCCUGUUCAGUACUGCGUGGUGAUCAACAAGGAGCAUAACUUUAAAAGCAUGUGUGCCGCUGAAGCUAAAAUCAGCACCGAUGAUGCCUUUAUGUUGGCUCCAAAGCCUGGCAGAGACUUCAGCCCAUUUGACUUUGUGCACUUUGGCUUUGUUCCCUCUGACAAUGGUUUUGGCAAGGACAGAGGCCUUACAAGUAACAAGAUCUCACGGGCGUACCCAGCCAAACCCAAAGUGUCUGACAUUCAGAAGAUAUGCAUUGGAAACAAAAACAUUUUCACUGUGUCAGACCUUAAACCGGACACACAGUACUACUUUGAUGUGUUCGCUGUGAAUUCUGCUACCAACACCAGCACGGCGUACGUAGGAACCUUCGCCCGCACCAAAGAGGAAGCCCGUCAGAAAACGCAUGAGCUGAAAGACGGCAAGGUGUCAGACAUUUUCAUCAAGAGAAAGGGCACCAAGUUUCUGCGCUUUGCUCCCGUGUCUUCCCACCAGAGGGUCACGCUCUUUGUUCACUCGUGUCUGAACGCAGUGCAGGUGCAGGUGAGGCGAGAGGGCAAGCUGCUGCUCUCCCAGAACGUGGAAGGCGUGCGGCAGUUCCAGCUGCGGGGUAAGCCCAAAGCCAAGUACCAGAUCCGCUUACGGGGAAGCCGGAAAGGCGCCUCCACCCUGAAGGUGCUCGCCACCACACGUCCCAGCAGCAAACAGCCCUUCCCGUCUCUCCCGGAGGACACUCGCAUCAAGGCCUUCGACAAGCUGCGCACCUGCUCCACUGCCACCGUGGCCUGGCUGGGCACGCAGGACCGCAACAAGUACUGCAUUUACCGUAAGGAGGUCGCUGAGAGUUACGGUGAAGAGCAGCGACGCAGAGAACAAAAUCAGUGUGCCGGGCCGGAGACCCGCAGGAAGUCGGAAAAGGUCCUGUGCAAGUACUUCCACAGUCCAAACCUGCAGAAAGCUGUGACCACCGAGACCAUCACAGGUCUGGAACCGGGCAAGACCUACCUGCUGGACGUUUAUGUGGUGGCACACAGUGGCCACUCGGUGAAAUACCAGAGUAAACUGGUGAAAACAAGGAAAUACUGCUAAAUGACUCUGCAAAGAAUAAAUCUAUUAUAUAAAUAUAUAUAUAUAUUAAAUAAGUUUAUUUAACACUUAAGUGAUAUUCUACUAAGAAGUGUACACAGACUGACUGUUCAURCAGCUGAUGAACAGGGACUGAAUUGUUUGUAGAGAGAGAUAUCAACCUGUAUAUUUAUGUUUACAUUUCACCGUGGCACGUCUCGAGUGGCCCAGAAGCUGCUUUGUUACCAGGCUUGGUGUCUUGCCAUCAUGUUGCCACUCAGGAGGCAGAACUUCAAAGAACUUCACAUUUUCUCAUGUAGGUUUCUUUGUUGCUGCAUGAUGUUUGCUUUUGUCUGUCAUUUCCKUCACAUCCUUCAGUUACGGAUCAACUGGGGGAGAUCCAGUCUGCUUUGUAUAGAUCUCUUGCUGCAUAUUCAUGACAUGUUUUAGGGAGGAACUUAAAUUAUUUUUUACUUUGUGUUUAUAUUUUUGAUUGUCUGAUUAUGUUGAUGAAAAUAAUAACUGUUGCAAAAAAAAAUUAAAAAAGUAAAAAAAAUAUCCAGUUUUAUGAAGAAAGUAUGGUUCAGACAUUCCCCUCUAUAUGUCAGCCAGUGUUUGCUCUAGAGCCCAUUUUGUAAAUGUAUUCUGUGCUGGAGAUUAUUAUCACUGUAUCGCUGUGAGUGUGUGUGUAUGUGUGUGCCUGUCACAUGUACAGAGAUGUUCUGCCAAUAUUCAUGUACAUAAAGCCUAAAUAUAGAAGGAGUAAUCCCUGUGUCA